AAAAAAAACAAUUUGAUUUGGAAAAACAUUUGAAAAAUACAAAUGAAAGAAAAGAAGAUAAUAAAAGAGUAAAGCAAAGCAAAAGCAGAGAAUAACUCUUAAUUCGCUUCUUUGCCAAGCAAACCACCAAAACCUCUCAAUUGUUUUUUCUUCUUCCUCCUCCUUAAGCAAAGAUCAUCAUUCACGAAAUGUCUGAUUCGAUUCACCGGAGAAAAGUUUCGAAUCCUGUAGGAAAUGGAGGUCGGAGCUCCAGAACAAGACGAACAGCUUUCAGAUAUGUUUCCGACAAGAAUAAUCGCUCUAAAUCGAGUAAUAAGGUUUUCGAGAGAAGCUUCUCAGAGCCGAGUCUUAAUCGCCACCGCGACGGACAGAGUAAUCACUUGCGGCGACCAUCGCCGAUGAGAGGUUUACCGAUGGAAGAAGAAACAAAACCGAUCGUUUACUUGCCUAGGAUUCGCUCUGAGGUUUUCGCUUCGUCUCCGUCGUUGUUGAACUUAUAUUCGCCCUCGUCUUCAUCUCCGAUCAAUCAAGAGGGUAAUACAAAAGAAGCACCAAAAGUAAUAAUCAGUGUAGCAGUAGAAGGAAGUCCUGGACCGGUAAGAGCAAUGGUUAAACUGAGUUGCAACGUCGAAGAAACGAUCAAAAUUGUCGUUGACAAGUACUGUAAAGAAGGAAGAACUCCAAAACUCGAUCGAGAUUCUGCCUUUGAAUUGCAUCAGUCACAUUUCAGCAUCCAGUGUAAGAUAUAUUAAUUAUCCAAAAAUAAUAAUUGUUUUUACAUAUAGAAUUAAUAAAAUAAAAGCACAAAUGAUGUUUUGGUUGAAAUUUUGAAUCAGUUGUUUUCAGUUUGACGUAGAUUGAUUGGAUUAAAUAUCUAUACUCCAUGAUAUCUAGUUUUGCUUUAAUCACCAACGGUUAUGGAAAAUAUCAAAACUACUCAUGGCUCAUGUGAACAUAGAAACAUCACAUAAUUCUUGAGUUAUAUAACCUAUAAUAAAGAAAAUGGUGACUAAACCUAACGAUUUACCUCUCUUUUUUGUCACAUAAUUGAAUGGUUAAGACAAUCAAAAUAUACUUAAGUUUGAUGUAAUGUAAUUUUCAGGUUUGGAGAAAAGAGAAAUAAUUGGAGAAUUAGGCAGUAGAAGCUUCUACAUGAGAAAGAAAGCUCCUGAAACCGGAGGUUCGUUCGCCGGGAUUUCUCCAGCGAGAACGAGCCUAAUUCCGUCGUCGAAUUUGAUCGGAUCGUGCAUCGCUCAGUUGAUUGGGAAAAUCAUGAGGAGAACAAGAAGGAUAUGGAACAUAUUGGUAUGUGUGCAAUGAGAUAGACCAAAGUAUACACUUUUGAGCGUGGCACAUAAUAUUUUUUAGUUUGUGUUUUGCUCCACUCUCAUCAAAUAAGGGAACCUUGUACUUUAUGAAAUUGUAUUAUAAGUGUGUAUAUAUUUGUGACGAUAGAUGGAUAUGGUUCUACGAAAUUAUUGAUUUAU